AUGGACGACGAACAGGACGCUCCGACGCCUGGCCAGAAACGAAACACAAGACUAGGAGACAUGUAUGCUGCUCUUGGUAUUGAAGAUGACGGAGAUAGCAGCGAUAACAGCAAGGACGAGGACUAUUUGGUGGAAGAAGAAGAAGAAGAAGAAGAGGACAUUCAUGAGGCCGAUCACGAGACGUCUACGAUCAACUCCAAGAAGAAGAAGAAAACUGUGAAAGCAGCAACAACAGGUAGAGUACAGUGCACAUCCGGAAAGGGGAAAAGGUCAAACAUAUCUUCUCCUCACGUGGUGGGACCCUUCCACCCGUUGAAAAGAAGGAAGGUGGUGAACGAGGAAGCUCUCUCUCCAACUGGCUCAAGCGGGAGUGUUGUUUACAAGCUGAAAAUCCCUUCUUCGCCUGAAUACAUACCCAGACAACGAGCAAGCAAGCAUCUCGAAGAGCUCGAGCUAAUGGAAACCGGAGAUGAUGAAAUCGUCAAUGUCGUUCCCCCGUUUGCUCCGAAGGACUCGUUUUCAUCUUGGAAUGAUUUUGAGAAGCAUUUCAAGAUCUACAAGCAGAAAAAUAACUUGAAGUUUCGAGUGCGUAGCUCCGAAAAGAUGGAGAAUUAUAACAAGGCCCAUGAAGACCAAAUGCCCACGGAGUUCGAGUUCACACACAAGAUUUUUCGGUGCACUCAUGGGGUCUCCCAGAAAUCGAGGUCGAAGGGCCACCGCAAUCGCAAGCAACGAUACUGCAAAUGCAAAGCACGACUAACAGUCGUAGUCACAAAGAUUGUGGGUAACGUGUACGGAAUUGUAACUCGAAAUCAGAAUCAUACGCAUUCACACCCAACUACUUCAACGCAAGCGUCCACGUACCUGACUACGAAGACCCUCCCACUGGACAACGAAGACCGAGAAGACGUGAAAACGCUAGUAGAUGCUCGAGUUUCCUCUUCACACAUUACGAAUUUCCUGAAUGAUCGAAUUGGCUGUAAAGUAACCCCACAGCAAACCCGAAAUCUUAUUCGGGGCAUUACGGGGCAAGAUUCAGCAGAAGAGAUGCUCAAAAACAUGCUCCAUGCUCUUCGGCAGGUAGAUGGAAGUGACGUGCUCGUUAUGCAGGACCAAAUGGAUGCCACCUGUGGAAUCGUUAUGCAGACGAGGGUGCAGAAGAUGAUGUUUGAACAAUGGGGUGAAAAUUUGACGAUGGAUUUCACUCAUGGAACAAACAACCUUGGCUACCAUUUAGGGAGUUUGGUUGUCACGACUUGCACUGGUCGGGGUUUUCCCGUUUUAGACUUCAUUUGCCUGAACGAGUGUGACGAGGUGGUGAUCGACAAGGACUUUACGGAAUGGAAGGUUUUGGAGGAGUGUUUUCCGUCGGCACACAUACUGCUUUGUCAGUUCCACGCUAUCUCGUACUGGAAAAAAGUGAUGAAACGUCCGGUUUAUCACAUCAAGGUCGUCGAAAGCGAAGAUCUACUCGAGUUGAUGAUGAAGCUUCUGUAUUGUCAUACGGAACAAAGCUAUGAGGCCAGGUAUGACGAGCUCAAGAAAUACUGCAAAAUUUCGAAGAAACAAGCCUUCUUUGCUUAUUUCGAGAAAAACUGGAACUCCUGUCGUGCAAUGUGGUCGAACUACGCACGUGGGAAACAUUUCACUGCUGGCAAUACAACUACUAACCGGAUCGAGAGCAACUGGAAAUAUCUGAAAAUGCUACUCGGACGGAAGAUACGAAUUGACAGAACGAUUGCUGGCUUACUUCAGCACCAGAUGACUAUCACGCGGCAGAUUGUGACCGAAAUCGGGCAGCAACACUCUACGUCGCGGAUGCUGAAUACGAUCCCCAAGUUUUUAAGGGCUGUAGCAAGAAGAAUUUCUUCUCACGUUUUGGAGAGGGUGAAAAAGGAAUGGGAGAGGUUCGUGAAUCAGAUGGAGAAGACAACAUGCGAGCGCAGAUCGAGUAGUCAUCAGUGGAAAGUGUAUUUUUUGCAUUACGUGUACGAGUGUGACGAACUGGAUUGGACGUGUACCUGCCUGUUUUACUCCAGCAACCAUUUGCCUUGCUGUCAUCUGAUGCACGUAGCCAAUCAGGGCAAUGGCUUCCAAGCACUACCUGGGAUGUCCAUUGAUGAACGAUGGAGUACUUUUGAAGCUUUGGAUUUCAAAGAGGAGCUGUCUUCUGCAGCUGAUACUCUACAACCAAUUGUGAACAUGUCGAAGUUAAAGUUGCCGAAGCAGAAGUUAAGGUUGCCGGAUGAAACAGGCUCAACCGAGUCGAAGCGGAAACCUACCGAUCUCGAAACAGAAAAAGAGGUUGUCUUCGUUCGGCUCCGUCGAAACGAACGGGCCAACCAGGUUGUUCUUAGCUCUGCCGAGAAGUAUUCUUACGCUAAGGCCAUGAGCUGA